CGGCGUGCUGGAUGCGCUCACCGACUUCAUCAAGGACGGCGCGGACCUCGGCUACACGGACAGGCUGGACGACCCCGUCGACCCCGACGCGCUGGCCGGGCACAUGGAGUUCAUCAUCGCGCUGCGCGCGGCGAUCAAGCCUGCGACCAAUCUCAGCCAG